AUGGUAGGCAAGAGGGACGGCAGGCGGGAGAUGGCGGACCUGCGAGAUGGCGAACCCGCGAGAUGGCGAACCCGCGAGAUGGCGAACCCGCGAGAUGACGGGCGCAGGAGACAGCGGGCUUGCGAGACGGUGGGGCGUGCGAUGGAGAUAGCACGACGGUGGGCAAGCGAGACGGCGGGCGAGAACGGUGGCUGGCAGCGCGAGACGAAGAAGUCAGACAAGUUGCAAGGCCAGUGCCCCGCGUGCAAACGCAGCCGACGAGUGCGCCGUGGGUACGGGCACAGCGUCCAGGCGGAAGGCGUGCGGACGGUGAAGGGCUGGUGA